AUGAUCGAGAGUGUCGCGGGUGACGCUUUACAGGGCGACUUCACAGCCGUUUUCGUGGGCGCGACGAGCGGCAUAGGUUUAAAGACUCUGGAGGCAUUGUACCGGGAGAUACCACAGGGCAGAUUUUAUGUCAUUGGGCGAUCCAAAGCACGUUUCCAACCGGAGGUUGAAAAACUGAGCAAACUCAAGCACAGCGCCGCCAUCGUCUUCAUCGAAGCCGAGGUCGCGCUCAUACAGGGUGUUGACCAGGCAUGCGCGACGAUAUGCGCAAGAGAGAAGAGACUAGAUUUGCUCUACAUGAGCGCAGGUUACCUCGGAGCGGGUGGACCUCACUACACAUCCGAAGGACUUGACAAGUGUCUCGCGCUAUCCGUCUUCGGUCGCAUGCGAUUCUGUCAACGGCUCGCACCACUCCUCGAGGCCGCGAAAAGUCCGCGUAUCGUCUCGGUCUUGGCCGGGUGUCACGAGGCGCCGCUGUUCACACAGGAUGGUGAUCUUGCGCUGUCACUUCAUGGGGGCAAAAACUAUACGACCCUACGCGUAGUCAACCAAGCGACCACAUUGCACACGCUGGCCUUGAUCGAUUUCGCGGCUCAUCACCCACAGCUUUCGCUGCUUCAUACUCAUCCAGGUCUGGUUUCGACGGGAUUUUUAGAGCGACUGUUGGAAAGCUGCGGUCCGUGGAUGUCAUUUGUCAGCUCUACAGUGCCGUUCCUUUAUCGACGUAUCGCCAUGUCAGCCGAGGCAAGCGGGGAGCAGCAAGCACAGUUCUGCCUGAGUCCCAGAUUCCCAAGCCGUCGAGCCGUCAUGUGUGGAACAGUCCUCACGAAUGAUGUGGCGGAAAGUCAUGCACGUCACAGCGGUCUGUAUCUUGUACAGCCCGAUGGAAGUACAUGUAUAAGCCGAAAGAUCCUGGAUCCUUUGGAGGCGGAAGAUUGGCCAGCGAGAGUCGGGAGAUUCAUCUCGUGCAAAUUUGAGGAAGCCUUAUCAGCUGGUAAACAUUAA